AUGGCAAAUCUCACCUUAGAGCUUAACAUCAACUCCGCAAGUGAUCUUAAGCAUGUCAACUACAUCACAAAGAUGAACGUUUACGCCGUCAUAACCCUUGAAGGCAACAAACACCAAAAGAAACAGAAGAUGAAAACUGCUGUUGAUCGCUCUGGUGGAUCCAACCCCAAUUGGAAUCACGCUAUCAAAUUUUUCGUCAACGAGAGAUUAGCCCUUGAAGGUCGUUUGACACUCGUCGUGAGAUUGUUCUCCAAACGAAUCCUCGGUGAUAAAGAUAUUGGUAGUAUUGAAGUCUCGCUACUUGAUCUCUUGCGCUUACAUACGCAGUCUACUAGUGGUAAUAGUAACAACCAUGGCAUGAGGUUUGUGACGUAUCAGGUGAAAACUACGUCGAAGAAACUGAAAGGUCAUUUGACUUUCUCGUACCGGUUCAAUGGGGCACAUCUUCAGUCUGGUCACGGUUACCACCAGGCGCCAACGUGUGCUAUUCCGAGUCAGCAUGUGUAUAGACCUUAUGGUUAUAUACCGCCUCCACCGCCACCGGAUUAUGGAUACCAAGUUUAUGGUUUCACGGGUUUAACCGCAACAAUUGUAGUUGCAAGAGUUUAUGGAAACAUGCCGUACUUAAGGUUUCAAGCCUUAUUAGAACAGUUGAAAAUGUGCCAUUUCCAGAAGAUUUAA